AGCAUAUGUAAUCCUUGUUGUUCAAUAAGUUCCAAAAUACUAGAUUCUUUGCACAAUAACUGUGCCAACUUAAUUCAGCCUUUCUAAAGUUCUACCUCAUCUCUAUAUUCUCUAGCUGCAGUGACAAUUAUUUAUCAACAAAAAUUUUAGCAAAUAAAAGGUUUCUAAUGUCUACUCUUGAGCUUAUGCUUGAAAAACUUCAGCAAACUGCAGAUCACAAUGCAGAGGAUCUUCCACCAGCAUUGCCAGUUCGUCCGGUCUCAAAGGCCCGGUUACCUCCUGGAAAGAAGUCUUGGCCUGUCAAGUUGCAAAACAGUUAUUCGACGGAUGAACUUGUUUCACUUGUUAGCAGAUUUGAAUCCCCCGAAAUAAACGAUGCUAAAGAAGCCAAAGGGAAAUGUUGCUUUGGAGGAGACACUAAUGGAUGUCUUAUACAGAAGACUGAGAUAGUGGAUUAUACAAGAGAGAAGGACCUACAAGUGAUUCUUGGCACUCAGACAUACUCCAAUGGAUAUCGCCAUCAAGAUCUCAUAAGGGGGAUAGUUACACUGCAAUCAUAUGUUCGAGCUGAAAAUGCUAGAAAUAUUGCGAGCAGAACAUUACAGACGAAACAUAGAGCUGUCUUGCUUCUGCAAUCUGUAACACGAGGCUGGUUAACUCGAAGACAUCUUAUAUUCACAAAGAGAAGUGACAGUAGAAUUCAGGAAGCAAAGGAUUCUGUUCAUGUUCCAUAUUGUGAUGUCUAUGAGCUGCAAAGGAGAGUUCUUAAGACCGAGGCAGCAGUACAAAAUAAAAACGAGGAAAACUAUGGCUUGCGGAUGAAGAUUGCACAAUUUGAGAAACAGUGGCAGCAACAUGAAGCAAAAAUGAAAUCAAUGGAGAAGAUGUGGCAAGAGCAGUUGACAUUUAUACAAGUGAGCCUAGCUGAAGUGGCUAGCAAACCUCAGUCCGUCGAAAGAAGUGAAAAUGAGAUCACAAUAGUGGAUUCAGCUCCCAUGCUUUGUGAUGCUAAUGGGGACUCUUUUUCUUUUUUAGGAGAAUCAGGUUCAGAUGCAAAUUCAAUAUACGAGCUUCGAAAGCUAAAACUACGAUUUGAAACAUGGAAGAAAGACUACAAAUCCCAGUUAUACAAGACAAAAGAAACAUUUCAAAAACUUGGAACGUCCAAGGUAAAAAAGAGUAGCAAGAAAUGGUGGGAAAGAUGAAAAUGCUAGGCUUUAGGAAUUUUGACCUGAUUUCCUACGCGGGAGUUUUUCAUAUAAUAAAGCAAUACUGUAGAAGCCUUUAAAUUUAUUGAAGAUAUAUCCACACAUACAUCAAAUUCGGACAUGGACAAAUGAAACUUGAAAAAAAUAAAAUAACAGUGCAAUGGUUUUAAGCCUUUAUAGGAAGAACUGAAGAUACUGCUUGGAUUAUACCUUGUAAAUCAUCAUAUCAUAGUAGGUAUGUAGGUUGGGGAGUUCUUGGUCCUAUUGAAAAAACAAUCACAUCCUACAAGGUUGGGGAAGCACAGAGGAAUAAAUGGAUUGGUUUAGUAGGUACCUUUAUAAGUUCUUUGAUUUACAAUUGAUAUAGAUGGUGUAUUUCUGGCUUUACUUGUAACAGACUACAGCUUUCAAUUCUAAUACAUAAGAGAUUACUUGUGAUAUUCGGAUACCACACUGCUGCUGGGAUCAUUUAUCAGAGGGCAGCACAGUGAGGUUACUAUAUUUACUUCAUAUAUUUUUAGCCCAUUUAUAACCACUCACCAGUAAACACUUUUCAGAAAACUGAUUCUUAUUCUGCACUUCAAUCUGGUUUACAUGGACACAUAACAUAUCAGAAUGCCGUCUAAUUACUAUUCAAAAUUUCAAAAUUGCCACCUAACUAAUGUAUUCAUGUAUCAUAGACCACAUAAAUUGUUAGCAUAUGUGGUUCUAGCACUAGCUGCUGCAUGCUCUGUAACCACAAGCAAUAUGUUUAAUUAUGUACUUUCUAGAAUAUGGACCUUCAUUUUAAUUUUUCAUGUUUUUUGAAAAAUUGGAAUUCCAGGAACACAUUAAUUGGUCAAUUUUUCUUUUAUUUAUUUUACUCCAUUACAUCAAAUCAAUAGAUUCUCAGAUGAAACUAGAAGAAGACAGAAAAGAGAAAACUACAUUAAAUUUCCAUGCCACUGCACAAUUCUACCGUUCAAUCAAUUGUUUACUGAAGGUAGAAGGCGAUAACUGACACUAGACUAGCCCCAAUGACCCCGAGAGCAGGCAAUGCAGCAGAUGCACCAUUUGUUGGUCCUUCAGCAAGCGGAGACUCAGCUGGCGCCUCGACAGAAGCCUGAGCCAAAACCGCGCUCAUGGAGGCAGCAGCAACAAGGGCUGCACAGGCCAUCUGCUUCAUUUCCAUGCUGAGGAGUGUGUGGCAAAUAUAUUGGCAAAAACUCUCAAGAAAAUGAGAAAUAAUUACCAAAUGUAUGUUCUCUCUGUUUGCUGCCUUGGGAAAUAGUCAGUUGAUUAUUAGGCUAUUUGUACGAAUCUUUUAGGCUAUUUUGGGACUGGAAAUUAACCAAGUCUUGUCUUCCAAUAGAUUUAUCUGUAAUUUUGCUUACUAGAAAGUUUUUUGUGGUAGAUAAUUCAUUUGGUGUCUGCAUGGAAUAGAAUGGCUGCAUUUGAACAUCUA